UUGUUGCAGUUGGACGGCUGCGGUCUGAGGAAACACACGGAGUCUGAUCACGGAGGCUGAAUGAAAGAGACACACGUUACUACAUUUUUAUACCGAUUUAAUCCAUUUUAGACACAGAAUGCGCUAAAUAAUUUAUCCAGCUCACGACUGAAAGAGACUGGUGGAGCUGCUAGACUAUUUAUCUAACUACCCAGCUUUAUGUUUCUGCAGACACAGGAGACACAUAAGGCUAGAGGGGAGAUUUAAGAUAGGGGAGAUAUUUCAGUUCUAGUCAUCGAGAAAAAAACUCCCACAAACACUGAGGUUGAGAAUGGAUAACACAGACAAGGAGAUCAGGUCGGAUGAAGAAUGUGAAUCAGGCGAAGAGGAAGAAGUGGAUCCCAGGAUUCAGGGGGAGCUUGAGAAGCUGAAUCAGUCCACAGAUGACAUCAACAGAUGUGAAACAGAGUUGGAGGAUGCCAGGCAGAGGUUCCGCUCUGUGUUAGUGGAGGCCACAGUGAAGCUGGAUGAGCUGGUGAAGAAGAUUGGCAAGGCAGUGGAGGACUCAAAACCAUACUGGGAGGCACGCCGAAUGGCUCGGCAGGCUCAGCUGGAGGCCCAGAAGGCAACGCAAGACUUCCAGAGGGCCACUGAGGUGCUGCGCGCAGCUAAAGAGACCAUAGCCCUGGCCGAGCAAAGGCUGCUAGAGGACGACAAGCGGCAGUUUGAUUCGGCCUGGCAGGAGAUGCUCAACCACGCCACUCAGAGGGUGAUGGAAGCAGAGCAGACGAAGACCCGCAGUGAGCUUCUGCACAAAGAGACAGCAGCCAGAUACACCGCAGCCAUGAGCCGCAUGAAGCAGCUGGAGAAGAAGCUGAAACGCACCAUCAGCAAGUCCAAGCCUUAUUUUGAACUGAAGGCAAAAUACUACUUACAGCUUGAGCAACUAAAGAAGAAUGUGGACGACCUGCAGGCUAAGCUGACGCAGGCUAAAGGGGAGUAUAAGACUGCUCUGAAAAACCUGGAGAUGAUCUCGGAUGAGAUCCACGAGCGCCGCCGCUCAUCCACCAUUGGCCCACGGGAAAGAGGGGUGGGAGCCGAGGGAGACGGGGUCUCUGGAGAUGACCUUGUAAGCUUCAAGAUAGAGUCUGAUGGAAUAUCCAUGACGUCAGAAUUGUUUGAGGACGAGAACUGCAGCACCAGCGCAAUGUCUGAGGAGGACUCUGAGACUCAGUCCACCUGCAGCCUGAGCUCCGGACCCAGCAGUCCUCUGGACCUGCCCUGCCCCUUCUCUUCCUCCUCUUCCUCUUCCUCAUCAUCCUCCUCUUCCUCCUCUCCGUCAUCAGCCUUCCCUCCCCCCUCGUCUCGGCCCUGCAGUCUGGAGUUGCCCAGCACUGUGUCUCUUUCCGACUUCGGCCUGAUUUCGCCCAUCCUGGGUCCUCGCAGUGAAUGCAGUGGAGCCUCCUCCCCUGAGUGUGACCUGGAGAGAGGUGACAGAGCCGAAGGUGCCGAGGCUGAACUGAACAACGCCCUCAAUAACAACAGCAGCAUUAGUAGCAUGAAGAACCGUUUCCACCUCCUGUCUCUUAAACGUGGACAGAUGGACAAUGCCAAAGUCAACGGACACAACCCCUUCAGUAUUGCCUAGAGUCCCUCAUCCCUCAUCACCCCUCUCCUCAUUUUUAAUGAGGUGCAGAAUAGACUGCUGUUACCCAAACAUCUCACCACCCUCCCUCCCACAUGCCAUGACCUUGAGACGUUGAGGCAUUGGAAGCUGCCCAUCUCUACAUGACUCUACAUUACCAUCUGCACCAUUCAUGUUGUCGUGCCGGUGUACAAAGUUCUAGUCGUUCAAAGGAAAAUCUUGACCUAGUUUUGGCUUUUUAGAAGAAAAGAACCUAACAAGCAAAAUAAUCAAACUUUUUCAGGCAUGACGAGAGACUGACAGUUGAAGAUGAUGUGCAGAGGAGUGGAAUGAGCUGGAAAAUGGUCUCUCACUUGGUGUAAAGAGUGGAAGAGAUCUAUGAACAGAGAGAUGGGUGGUCUGACUUUGACUUUCACUGCAGCAAAGCCCAUGGCCUCAUAAAUACUGAACCGUUCUUGCUGCAGUGUAAUAAACUCUGAGCUUGUGCUUGUGUUUGUUCUUGCACUUGAGCCUGGAGCACAGCAGCCUUACUACUGACGAAAGCUGCCAGCAGAAAAAGAUAGAACUUUCUAAAUCCAACGGAUUCAAAAUCUACAGAACUUCUUCAGUAAUUGGCUUCUUCUUUAGUGCAAUAAUUGGUCACGCUAUGCUGAAGCUGAAUACAGUAAAAAAGACCACUUUUCUACUGCAGGGUAAAAACGUUCCGAGCACGAAGGGUAACGCAGAUCAAUUUUAUCAACACAAUUAACUAAUGAUACUUGGUGGCCACAGCAACGUUCAGUCAGAGGAAUGAAUGGCCUUGAUAAUGUUAAGGUGGUGAUGGAAGACGUAGGAUGAGGCCGGUAGCCAACAUACGAACACUGUGGUAGCGAUGUAGGAUGAGACUGGUUGCUAGCCAACAUGCUAAUCCUGAUUGACAUUUGUAGCCAGCGUGCUACCGCUGUGGUUGUAGUCUUAGACAAAGGUGUUAGCGAAGCUAGAUGAGGCCUAGAUGUAGCUGUUGUAAAAGUUCACAUUUAGUUACUAUGCUCAAUUUCAAGUUUCAAACUUUGCCCACUCUGUAAAACAAAGGACAGGAAUGUGAGAUUGGGCAUAUCAAACAACAGCGUUUGUCUCAUAAUUAUUACAAGAUGUCGUGCAAAUACUGCUUUAGCAACACAGCAAAUGGAAAAAGAAACCAUAACCAUAAGUCUCAUAGGUCCAACAGUUCAACGUGGCCUUAGUAACCAACUGGCCCUGCAAUGGAAAAGCAGCCAAAGAGUCCUGCUGGUCCUCUGCUCCUACAUACAUGAACACCUUCAUCCUUUCCUUCCUCAACCUCUCUAUUCAAGAUUCACACCCUAGCAGCACCAUGCAUUUACAGGCUUGACCAUACGCCAACACCUGGACAGUAUGCAUGCUGCCAUCAGCAUCUGUGUCUCGAUAAAGAUGAACUGUCGCCACUUUGGUAGAUAUUGGUAGACAAUAUUUAAAUAGAGCAAUAGAUAAACGGAUAUCUUGUAUUCUUUCCAGCUCUCAUUGUCUGGUUGUUUGUAUGUGGAGGAUGAUGGGUCAGUAUUGUAUUGGGUAGCCUAGCUUAACAAACUGUUGAUUUACUGUACUUGUGCUGUGCUGAGCUCAGUCUUAUGACUUCUGUCCGUAACGUUUUGGUGGCUGAUGGAUGGGAAAAUGUCACAAAGCAGAACCUGUCUGGUCGGGUACUCAAAAACCAGCCAGUAAAAAAAGGAAAGAAUGUUCCUACUGAACAAACAGUUUUGGCGUCCAAGACUUUGGAAUUGCCCUCAGUAUUGAAGCUGGAGAUUUGAGAUUCAGUGAAAUGCACU